AUGCCUCACAAGCAGAAGAAGAAGCUGAAUAAUGCCCCUCAAAAUGGCUCUCCAAAGGCGGAGAAACAGCCGAAUCUUUUGGAGUGUUCUCCAAAAGGUCCCUCCCUAGGUGCUGUUACCAAUUACCGUGAAAUCCAUCAGAAUGAAGCUGAGGCCCUUCGGUCUAUCUACGGCGAAGACUUCGAAGAUGUAGAGCACAGGCGGGCAGCCUGGCAGCAAUUUUCGGAAGUCUGCUUCAAGCUUCAUCUCAGAGCAUCUUCGAACGCCGAUGUCCGCGUUACGUUGCUGGUCGAGCUCCCGGCCACAUACCCGAAGACUGUUCCCAAUCUCGUGGUGCAGGGUCUCGAUGACCUUCGUCGCGGCGCAAAGUCCAGGAUUGAAGAUGUCGUCAAGAACAAACCGAAAACGUUACUUGGCUCUGAAAUGAUAUAUGAGAUCGCUCUCAGCAUUCAGGAUAUCCUCGAAGAUGUCGCGUUGGCUCAGGCUGAGGAUAAGGAUAUUCCAAGUUUGGAACAAGAACGCAUCGAACAGGAAGCUGCCGCAAUCCAACAGGCUGAACAACAGAGGCAGGAAGAGCUCCGGAAGCAAGAAGCAGCGACAGCUGAAGAGGAACGGGCGUUACAACAGCUUCUCGAAGAUAAGAUCAAAGAACGCGAACGCACAAAGGCUCGGAAUUCAAGGCGCAAGAGCCGCUCAGCGGCUUUAGAUGCCAAUGCCAUCUCCGAGCCUGCAGAGGAUAGCCCGGGCACCAUCUUGUUCGAUCCGCCCCUGAUUGUGAAUGAUAGCGACGAGCGACCUCUAGUCUUCCGUGCUGUUUUUGGGAAAACUCUUCUUCGGAGCAUUCAUAACAAGCAGACUUUCACGGUCAGACCAAUCGUCUCUGAGAACCGAACCCAUGCUCCUCUUCUCGUGCUGAAGGAGAUUUCCCUUGAGGAGAAGGGACCAGAAACCCCUGCUUUCCGACAGCAGAUCCGGACAAGCGAGGACAAGCUUGAAGCACUAAGAAAGCUACGGCACCCCAACUUGGUUGAUUUUAUCGGGUUCAAGAUCCAUCACCCUCUGGAUGCACACGACUCUUCCGACAACACUUGGCGGAUUUACGUGCUCUUUGAAUAUGCGAAUAAAGGUUCUCUGUCAGAACUUCUAGAUAUUGUAGGCAGCGUCGCUGUUGAAACAACUCGUUCUUGGAUGAUCCAGCUCUUGGAGGCUCUCGAAUUCUAUCACCGCAACGGCGUUGUCCAUGGGAACAUCCAUUGUGGUCGUGUCUUGCUCUUCCGUAAUGCAACGGGAAGCACCACUGUCAAGCUUGAGGGCAGUAUUGAAGAAGCUCUUCCUGGUCCUAGUGGCCGGAAGAGGACCCUGGCGACCUCCAAAUCACCAUUUUGGCUUCCGCCAGAGCUCACCCAGGACGAUGCACAACCAACCACCAAGACAGAUAUCUGGGACCUUGGUAUCGUGUUUCUUCAAAUGGGUUUUGGCAAAGAUGUCUUACAGCGAUUCACAUCAGCAAACGCGGUGAUGAGUAGUCUAGAUCUGUCGGCUCCCUUGCAGGACCUCUUGCGAGAAAUCUUCAGACCGGACCCAAAGAAGCGCCCAACGGCCUUCCAACUUCAGCCUUCUGAAUUUUUCCGUGUUGACGUUCCAUUAAUCGAGCAUACCGCAGCGUCCCAUUCGACGUCUCUUUCAAGACGUCCAAGGCUUGAUUCUCAAGUCGGAAUGCCAGCUUUCUCUCGCUACGGUCAGGACUUUGACGAGGCUGGUCUUUUGGGUCGAGGCGGCUUUGGUCAGGUGGUGAAAGCGCGAAAUAAGCUAGAUGGACGUUUCUACGCCAUCAAGAAGAUCUCGCAAAAUUCCGCAGGGGCGUUGAAGGAUACUCUCUCUGAAAUCAUGCUGCUGUCCAGACUGAAUCACCCAUAUGUAGUCCGGUACUAUACUGCAUGGCUCGAGGAGGAUUUCGACACUAUAGAUGAAGAAGCCGUGUCUUCCACCGAAGGCGAUUCGCAGGAGGGUGAUAUGUACGCACGCAGCACGACUGGUCUGGAUUUCAUCAGCUCCAGCGGUUAUCCCAAGGUCGAGUUUGGCUACGAUACCGAUGAAGAGAAUGGUGAAAGCUCUUCAGAUCAAGACAUUAUCGAGUCGCAAUUGGGGACAGCUUCGGACACCAAUACUGAUCGUGAAUUGAGUCGUAUGCGGUCCGGAUCCCAGAGUCGAUCUGUCACGACGACGCUCUAUAUCCAGAUGGAAUAUUGCGAGAAGCAUCCUCUUCUAAUGCGUUUCAAGACUCUCCGCGACCUGAUAAACGAUGGUCUCUAUGAUGACAUCGACCGCUCCUGGCGCUUGUUUCGUCAGAUCUUGGACGGUCUAAGCCACAUUCAUAGCCAUGGCAUCAUUCAUAGAGAUUUAAAACCGGAUAACAUCUUUAUUGAUGUAGCAAAUAAUCCACGCAUCGGCGAUUUUGGUCUAGCUACUAGUGGACAGUUCUCAACAGCUGUGCGGUCUUCUGCAUCAGCUGAAGUUGCCGCGAGUUUCACACGCAGUGUUGGCACAACUUAUUAUGUCGCGCCGGAAAUUAAGUCGACAUCCACUGGACAAUACAACGAAAAAGUUGAUAUGUACUCGUUGGGAGUGAUCUUCUUUGAGAUGUGCCAUCCACUUAGAACGAGUAUGGAGCGUGAUCGGACUUUGCAGGCGAUACGUGAGAAAGUUCACACACUCCCCGCAACUUUUCAACAAGCGGAGAAAGCCGUACAGGGCGAGAUCAUUGAAUCUCUUUUGAGUCAUCGACCGAGUGAACGGCCUUCUGCGGCCGAACUUCUUCAGAGCGGCAAAAUUCCCCUGCAGGUUGAAGAGGAGACAUUCAGACGGGCGAUCAUUGGUUUGCUCUCAGAUCCGGAUUCACCAGACUACAAAAAAAUCUUAUCAGCAAUAUUCUCACAGUCUCCAAGAAAAUUUGAGGACAUUGCGUGGGAUAUGGAUUCACGCGGAACGCCAGCAGCAAAUGAGAUGCUAGUCCAGGGAUUCGUGAAAGAGAAAUUGAUUUCAAUAUUUCGCAGGCAUGGUGCUGUGGAAACAACAAGGCAGGCUCUCUUCCCGCGGUCAGGCCACUACAACAAUGGGGUUGUACGGUUGCUGGAUUCAUCUGGUAACUUGGUCCAGCUGCCUUUCGACCUUACCUUACCAAACGCUCGUGCCAUUCCCAGACAGCACCCCUCGUUGGAGAAGACCUUUUCAUUCGGUCGAGUUUACCGAGAAUCCCCUUUUGGCGGAGAACCAAGGUCUCACAAGGAAGCCGACUUUGAUAUCGUAUCUUACAACACGUUAGAUCUUGCCUUGAAAGAGGCCGAGGUCAUCAAAGUUCUCGACGAGAUAAUCGAAGAGUUUCCGGUCCUUAGAUCGGUUCCGAUGUGCUUUCACAUAAACCAUUCAGACCUCCUCCAGACUAUCAUGGAGUUCUGUCGGAUUACACCUGCACAGAUUCCUAUCGUGAAGGAAAUCCUCAGCAGGCUGAAUGUUGGAAAAUGGACAAUGCAGAAAAUCAGAAGCGAACUUCGGUCCCCCACCAUUGGUGUCGCAUCGACAUCUUUGGAUGAUCUUGCAAGAUUUGACUUCAGAGAUACCCCUGAAAAGGCUCUUCAAAGGCUACAAACGAUAAUGGAAGGCACAGAGUACGCAGAGAGGCUGGCACCCAUCUUUGCUCGCUUAAACGCCUUGGUAUCCUACAUCCACGGCUUUGAAGUUAAACGCAAGGUUUACGUGAACCCUCUUAGCAGUCUUAACGACAAGUUCUUCAGAGGCAGUGUUCUCUUCCAGUGUGUCUUUGACAGCAAACGACGGGAUGUGUUCGCUGCCGGAGGAAGGUAUGACCGACUGAUUCAGGAAUUCAGUCCGAAGGUCUUGUCAAGUCGGUCUCAGUCGCAUGCCGUGGGCUUCAACCUCAGCUGGGACAGACUAAGCUCCUCGAUGUUUGAGUAUAUCAAAAGUUUGAAUAAGACUUUUCUCAAGCACACGGACGGUGAUGUAGGCGGCGGUGGUUUUUGGCGAACUCGAAGGUGCGAUGUCCUUGUCGCCAGUUUCGAUCCGACCGUCCUUCGCACCCUGGGUAUAAGGAUCCUCCAAGAAUUGUGGGCGAAUGACAUAAGCGCUGAACUGGCUGUUGACGCCUCAUCAUUCGAAGAACUUGUCACACACUACAAAGAUGACAAUCAUAAUUGGGUUGUCAUUGUCAAACAAGAUAGCAAGGAGCGCGGACUGAAAAUCAAGAGUCUUACUCGGAAAGAGGAGUUCGACGUAAGGACUUCUGAGUUGGUGGGCUGGCUCCGCUCUGAGAUUCGUGCUCGUAACCAGCGAGAUCUCAAAUACACCAGUCAGCAAGAUGCUGGUGGCUCUGUAAAUGAUCGCACCAACGAUGUCAGGAUCUUAGUGUCGCAGCACAGGAACAAGAAGACCAACAGAAGGAACAUCAUCGAAUCAGCUCUUCUCCGCACUCGGGAACUCGUGGAUAAAGCUCUCAACGGCCCCAUUGCAGCAAUUGACACGAGAGAUGAUGUUCUUGACGCCAUCCGAGACACGCGGUUAUGCGACCCUGACAGCUGGCGCACGGUCAUUCAGAAUGCACCACUCACGGAGCGAAAAUACCUUGGCCAGGUGCAUGAGUUGCUCCAAGACCUUGCCAAUGAAUAUCGCGAACCCAGAGAUGGCAAGGAAGGCUACUCCAACGCCUUCAUUUACAAUUUCCGCACGGGAUCCUGCAUCUACUACGACCUCGGACGGGCACACUAA